UCCCCAAGGGAGUGUGUGUAUUUCCUCCCGUUCUUUAUCACAGCCCCCGAAAUAAGGAGGAAUGGGCAGUGGCUGUUCACAGUCCGCACACCUUUUCCAUUUGCUAAUCGGGCCCUGCCAGGCUGGGAGGGAGUUGUCCCUGGCUGACACCGGAGCGAGGAGCCACGGCGACAAUCCACAGGCACCAUGAAACUGCUUCAAGUGACCGUCCUUUGCCUUCUGUCCAGCGUUGGUAGCAGUGAAGACAACAUAGGUACCAUUUUCUCUUAUUUCUCUAACGAUGCAACCACUCCUCUAUUAAAAUCAUCAACAAUUUCUGCAGCAAAAACAUCUGUACCAACACCAGUCACAACGACAUCACUAAAUCUUGUUACACAAUCAGCAGUUGGAACAUCUCCCAAAGGAACAACCAACAAGGAAUCCUUACAAACAUCUCUGCUGCCAACACUUUCUUCAUUAAUCACGACAGUUAAAGGUGAAGAAGCCACAACCAACGGUAUGACAAAGAAAGAGUUGACCACCAAAAGUGCAACAGUGACAGAUCUUCCACUUCCAAAGGAUGUUUCAACAUUACAAAGUUCCCAAAACAAGACUGAAAAUCAGAGUUCAGUCAAUACAACAGAAAGGCCAGUUAGCACUUCACAACCAGAUGCCUCACCUUCUCAAACCAGUAUAUUACCCCCAAUGUCAACAGCAAUUGCAGAAAACAUCUCACAAUCUCAAGGCACUGAGAAUGAAAAAAAUGCAAGCCCUUCUUCAACCAGCUCCUCUCAUUCCAGCAUUAUUCUGCCGGUGGUUAUUGCUCUAAUUGUAAUAACACUUUCAGUGUUUGCUCUGGUGGGUUUGUAUCGACUGUGCAGGAAGACAGACCCAGGCACAGCAGAAAAUGGGAAUGACCAGCCUCAGUCCGAUAAGGAGAGUGUGAAGCUCCUCACUGUGAAGACAAUCUCUCAUGAGUCGGGUGAGCGCUCUGCACAAGGAAAAACCAAAAACUGACAGCUUGAUGAAUCCUCCCCACACCUGGGCCGUAAAUAUGCUUAAUCUUCAGCUUCUAUGCUCCAGGAUUAGAAAGAGAGAAAGACCUGUGGAAUUGAUCCUGACUUCCAGUCCUGCUCGCCAGUCUACACCAGUCACCUGUCCCAACAAAAUGAUGUCCAGACGACAUGCAAUAAUCUGAUAGAAUAAAAAGUCCUGGGUCUUUCCCGUCCAUUGAGACAGGAGAAAGCACAUUUGUACAUUGUCUGGGAACAUUCUCAGGAGAACCGAUUUUAGGAAAGGCAUUUGUGAGCAGUUAACCAGGCAGCCCAGGCAUGUGGGUUCCCUGAUGACGUGACCUUCCUUCAAGUUUAAAGUUUCCGGAGCUGGCAGUUUUUACCCAUGGUGCCUUUCCUACUUUCCUGGCGUUCUUCUAUUACCUAAUGUUUGUAUUUAUUGUUUUCUACUAUGACUAUGUUAAUGCAGGGAAAAUUUGCAAGUGUAUUAUUAAAUAUUAGGUAGAAAUCAUGACGUGCCACUUUGUACAUAAAGAUAUUUUAUUCAUAUGUUCAUAUGUUAGUUUUAAUAAAUAUUGACUGUAUUCAACACAUUAAAAUAUCAGAAUGUGACCGUGAAGAUGGUGAAGGUAUUGUCUUCCCAUAAUUAUGAAAAAGUUUGGAUUGACUAUUAGAUUAUGGGAACUCUAUAAUGAAAGGCAUCUGUAAUAAGUGAGAAAGGGACAGAGGAUUCAUGUAUUAGACCCUGUUAGGGGUAAAUCAUACCAUUUCUUUGGUCUUUCUAUUUGUAAUUCACACUGUGUAACAAGGAUGUAAGGGCAUUUAUGACACUGUACUGCAUUCGUUAAGAACAUAAGCAGGAUUGAGGGUAAUCCUUUCAGUUAAGACUAUCUCCAUGCAUUUUUUUUUAUUUCUUUUAGAAAUGUAAUGAUUUGUCCUAGCAGUGAUUGUUAAUAGAAAUGAACAUUUCAUAAAUACAUGAUUGUGAUAUUAUUUUUCACUGUAUCCCUCUCCUUAAAAAACAUAUGAUUGUAGCUGCCGCUCCAUCAGGAGCAGAUUAUUCAGUUGAAAGCUGACUGAUCAACCUUGACCUCUUCUUGGAUGCGUGCAAUCAGAAUGUCAUGUUGGGUGAAGUUCUGUGGAAAGUUCGGAAACUAACAAGCUGCCCGUGGCAGCUCUUUCACUUGUAUGAUUACCUUCGCCGAGUCAAUGCUAAAUCAUCCUAGUGAUGUGAGGACAGUGCGGUAGAAUCUGAACGGUGUAUAUAAAACUACCCUUUAAAUUUAUUUUGUUGCAAUGUAUUUGAAAACUUCCAGCUUUAAAGAUUAUGUAAAUAAUCA